AUGGUCCGUCAUAAGAAAGAAAAUUUCUCUCGAGGAGGCAAGAAAUUCUCCAACCCCCGCUCACGACCGGUGCCCCGCGAUGAUGGAGAAGAAGGUGCUACUACAUCACGACCUGCAUUCAAGGCUGCUUGUUGGGAUAUGGGACAUUGUGACCCAAAGCGAUGCUCUGGAAAGCGUCUGAUGAAGCUGGGACUCAUGCGGGAUCUCCAUAUUGGCCAGCGAUUCCCUGGAGUUAUUGUCUCGCCGAAUGCGAAGAAAGUGAUCUCUCCGGCGGAUAAAGAACUCAUGGAACAACACGGUGCAGCGGUAGUAGAGUGCUCUUGGGUGAGAGUCCAUGAAGUUCCAUGGUCGCGAAUUGGUGGAAAAUGCGAACGACUUUUGCCCUACCUUAUCGCUGCAAAUACUGUCAACUACGGUAAACCUUGGCGAUUGAACUGUGUCGAAGCGUUAGCGGCAUGCUUCUGUAUCUGCGGUCACCAGGAAUGGGCAGAGGAGAUCUUGAAGAAUUUCAGUUACGGACAGGCAUUCCUGGAUAUCAACUCUGAGCUACUCAAGCGCUAUGCUGCCUGUGGCACGGAAGAAGAUAUCAAGAGGACCGAGAAGGAGUGGUUGGCCAAGAUUGAGCAAGAAUACGAGGACAGCCGUGUUGAGGGCGCAGAUGAUAUUUGGACUCUUGGAAAUACCAAUCGCAUGCCCACAAAUGCGGGAUCUGAUGAUGAGGAUGAUGAGAGUGGGGAGGAGAAUAGCGACGAGGAAGAGGAGGCAGAUGAAGAAGAGGAGGAGGACAAAGACCCAUUCGCUAUCUCUGAUGACUCCGAGGAGGAAGAACAGAUGGCUGAAAUUCGGCGCAAGAUUCUGAACUCAAAAGCUUUCCAAACCCCCGAGGUUCCUGAAAAGUCACAACCAGAGACAAUCGCGAGGCCGCAACCUGCGUAUAUCGAUUCUGAUGCUGAGUCUGGCUCAGCGGGGAGCGAAGAUGAGGACUUUGACAAGAUCAUCAACGCUACCACGGUGACGGAUCGCACCGGGCUCAAGGCUCUUGAACGGAAACGAGGGGAGGAUACAGUUACUGGCUCGUUCUCACGGGCUGAGAUCUCUGCGCCCAAGCGGUGGUGA